GGUUCUGGCACGCUCUGGGGCUCACAACACCGGCGGCGUGAGCGCGUGCGGAGUGGCGCGAGGAAGGAGGAGGAGGAGGAGAGGAAGAAGGAGAAGAAGAAGAAGAGAGCCGGGGCUCUCCUGUCAGCCUCCAUUCCCGGCCGAGGCGGCGCCGGGGGCAGGUCGAGGGGAUCCCGCGCUCGGCGCCCAGCCCGGCCCUCCCGGCUGCCCAGAGCGGGCUCUGCAGCAUGAGCAGCGGCGGCCGGAGAACUGCAGCGGGGACGGGGCUGGCGGCGCAGCGGCUCCUGUGGGCGGCGGCGACCCUUGGCUGCUUCUGGGGUUCGGCGGAGGCCCAGCUGACAGGAGUACUUGAUGACUGCUUAUGUGAUAUAGAGAGCAUUGAUGAAUUCAACAAUUUUAAGAUCUACCCCAAAAUACAGAAGCUUCAAGAACGGGACUAUUUCAGAUAUUACAAGGUUAAUCUGAAGAGACCAUGUCCCUUUUGGGCAGAUGAUGGCCAUUGCUCUAUCAGAGAUUGUCAUGUAGAGCCUUGUCCUGAGAGCAAGGUUCCAGUUGGAAUUAAAGCUGGAAGUGCUAACAAAGCCUUGCCUGCUGCUGCACAGAGAAUCCUGUAUUCAAAGAUAGCAAACCAUACCAAAGAAUUUGAAGACUGUGAACAAGCUAGCAAACUGGGGGCCAUUAAUAGUACAUUAAGCAACCAAAGUAAAGAGGCUUUCAUUGACUGGGCCCGAUAUGAUGAUUCACAGGAUCAUUUUUGUGAACUAGAUGAUGAGAGAUCUCCUGAUGCUCAGUAUGUGGAUUUGCUGCUGAAUCCAGAGCGCUAUACUGGAUACAAAGGGCCCUCUGCAUGGAGAGUAUGGAACAGUAUCUAUGAAGAAAAUUGCUUCAAACCACGAUCAGUGUAUCGUCCACUAAACCCUCUGGCACCAAGCAAGGGGGAGGAUGAUGGGGAAUCAUUCUAUACAUGGCUAGAAGGCCUUUGUCUUGAGAAACGUGUAUUUUAUAAGCUUAUAUCUGGACUUCAUGCUAGUAUCAAUUUGCAUCUUUGUGCAAAUUAUCUACUCGAAGAAACUUGGGGGAGACCUCGUUGGGACCACAAUGUUAAGGAAUUCACUCGUCGAUUUGCCCCUACUGAAACAAAAAGUGAAGGUCCAAGACGACUAAAAAAUUUAUAUUUCUUGUAUUUGGUGGAGCUACGUGCAUUGUCAAAAGUUGCAUCAUACUUUGAGCGUUCAAUUGUAGACCUUUACACUGGAAAUGCUCAAGAAGAUAUGGAGACAAAGUCUCUCCUGUUAGAAAUCUUCAGAGACACAAAGUCCUUUCCUAUGCACUUUGAUGAAAAGUCUAUGUUUGCUGGAGACAAAAAAGAGGCCAAAUCUUUAAAGGAAGAAUUCAGGCUACAUUUCAAGAACAUAUCCCGUAUCAUGGAUUGUGUUGGCUGUGAUAAAUGCAGGUUAUGGGGUAAAUUGCAGACUGAAGGAUUAGGAACUGCUUUGAAGAUCUUAUUUUCUGAAAAAGAAAUAAAAAACCUUCCUGAAAAUAGUCCAUCAAAAGGUUUUCAACUCACACGGCAAGAGAUAGUUGCUCUUCUAAAUGCAUUUGGAAGACUUUCUACAAGUAUACGAGAGCUGCAGAAUUUCAGAGUUUUAUUACAACAGACAAGUUAACGAAGGUUUUUUCUACUGCUAGAAGAGGUUGAUAAUUUGACACCAAGCAUAACAAAACAAUAUUUAUGCAAACUGUUCUAAAGGAGGAAAAAAUGUAAUACCAACUUGAAUAUUUAAAGUAGAAAAUCUUAGCCAUUGGACAAAGAUAUUUAGGAAUGAAAUACCUAACUUUAAACAUGUAAAUUAUGCUCUUCUUCCACUAUCUUACUUUUUGUACACUUCUUGUACCUUCAUUUGAAACAAAUGUUUAUUUUUUUUUUCUACUGAGGUUCUCUUGCUUUACAUUGAACUACAAAGUUUCAUUUAGACAUUCAUUCCAUUGACCAAAUGGAAAAAUAUUGACGUGUUGCCUAAAAACAGCUGGUGGUGAUAUUUUAAACAGUUAUAUUUAUUUGAAGGACCAGAUGCUGUUAAACAAAAUUUCUUUGAUGUGUUAUUAUAUACUUGAUUUGUUUAUAACAAUAAUAAAAAUGGCCAGUAAGGAUUUUACUAAUAUGAGCCCCUUGGUAUCCAGAGGAGACCUUUUUUUCCCCUUCUCUCCAUUCACCCUUUCCUUACCACACCACCCCUUUAAUUUUGUUGCUACCACAGUUGCCUGCCUUAUGAGGAGAGGAGACUGUAUUAACCUUACCCCAAAGUUCAUCAGUUCUUGUACAUGUCUGCUGAAGGGGCCAUUAGUGUUCAGUGCUGUUAACUUUACUGUUUUGCUGAUUCCUGCUCUUGGCUCUUUACAAUAUAGCCAAUUUUCUCUCUCUCUUUAUAUAGAACUAUGAACAUUUAAAAUAACCCCACUUCCAAAAAUAUCAGUUUCUGUGUAGCUCUGUCAUUCAAAUAAUAGGGGGAGAGUAAAAGCAAAAUGUAUCUCUCCCAGACACAACUUCUUUAAAAAGGGGCCCUUCAAAUUCAUUACUUCAUAUCUGCCUAUGCAAUUUCCAGUCAUACCUUUUUAAAAAAGAGAAAAGUAAAAUCUAUAGUAAAACGGGUAUUCUCUGCAUAAAUUUGAUCCUACCUAUGAAGGUGAAUCUAAUUUGUUCACAGAACAAUAGCAAACAAAUGGUUUUUAAAUUUUAAAUUUGCAGUAGGAAGAUUUCUAUAAAUUGUGAUGGAGCACCUUACUUAAAAAAUUGUCUGCAAUGUAAUAUUUGUAUUUAGUGAGGGAUGUUUGAAUACAGCAUGAAUGUCAAUGUUGGUACAGUAAACAGACUUUGUACAUAUGUUUUGCUUUGAAAAGUAAAACAAUCUUUACAAAAUGAAUUAAAAGUGCUCUUAAACCCUUUUAAUAGAA